UUAUUAAUUAUUCUCCAUAAAAUUUUGAAUUGCAAGAUGACCACACUUGAGAAUCUGGAGGAACAAAUAAAAGUUCAAGGAGAAUUAGUGAGAAAAUUAAAAGCUGCAAAGGAAGACAAGGAAAGGUAAUUUUUCGAAUUGUUGGUACCAGUUGGAAUUAUGGUUUUUAAGUUGAUAUUCAAAUGUAUUCAUGCACAAACUUAUCAUAGGCUUUGUUUUCCUAAAUCGAUAUUAAGGAAAUUGUCUUGGCAGGUGAAGAUUCAAGAAGAAAUAACCAAACUCCUUGAGUUGAAAGCUCAAAUUAGUGACCCUAAAAAUGCUCGCCAAAAAUUCACUAUCAAAACCCCCAAAGGGAGUAGAGAUUUCAGUCCAGAACAGAUGGCAUUGCGGUCAUAUGUACUUGGCAGAGUAGAAUACAUUUUUGAAAAGAAUGGUGCUAAAACAAUUGAUACCCCCCUGUUUGAGUUCAAGGAAGUCUUAACUGAAAAAUAUGGAGAAGAUUCAAAAUUGAUAUAUGAUCUAGAAGAAUAUGAUGGGGAGGUAUUAUCUCUGCGUUAUGAUUUAACUGUUCCCCUAGCAAGAUACUUAGGAAAGAACAAAAUUAAGAAUUUCAAACGUUACCAAAUAGCUCCUGUGUAUAGAAGAGAUAAUCCAUCAAUUGCAAGAGGAAGGUUCAGGGAAUUUUAUCAAUGUGACUUAGAUAUAGCAGGUAUUUAUGAACCAAUGAAGCCAGAUGCAGAAUGCAUCAAGAUUGUUUAUGAAAUAUUGACUGACUUGGACUUGAAACCAUUUGUCAUCAAAAUAAAUCAUAGAUCACUAUUGGAUGGCAUGUUGGAAGUUUGUGGUGUACCAGCCAAUAAAUUCAGGUCUAUCUGUUCAGCAGUGGAUAAGCUUGAUAAGUCACCUUGGUUGGAAGUUAAGAAGGAAAUGAUUGAGGAAAAAGGUCUCACAGAAGAUGUAGUCGACAAAAUUGGUGAAUAUGUUCGUUUGAAUGGAGGCGUGCAACUAGUAGAUGAACUGUUACAAAAUCAAGAGUUGAUAAAGAGUAAAUCAGCUGUGAGUGGACUUGAAGCUAUAAAAGUUUUGUUGAAGUAUUGUGAGUCACAAGGCACUUUGGAUUCUGUCUCUUUUGAUCUUAGCCUAGCGAGAGGACUGGAUUAUUAUACAGGAGUUAUUUAUGAAGCAGUAUUAUCAACCAAAGAUUCUGGAGACAAUGAUGAACUAACAGUAGGAUCAGUAGCGGGCGGUGGAAGAUAUGAUAAUUUGGUUGGCAUGUUUAAUUCUGAAAAUGAAACUGUACCAUGUGUUGGUGUUUCAAUUGGAAUAGAAAGAAUUUUUACUGUUCUUGAGGCCAAAUUUGCUGCCUCCAAUCAAAAGAAAAGAACAACUGAAGUGGGAGUGUAUAUAGCCACAGCACAAAAAAAUCUUUUUUCAGAGAAGAUAAAAUUGUGCAAGGAAUUGAGUACAGAAGAUUUUAAGAUUGGAUUUUCGUACAAAAAAAAUCCUAAAUUAUUAGCUCAGUUGCAGCAUUGUGAGGAACAAGAGAUUCCUUAUGCUAUUAUUUUGGGGGAAUCUGAAUUACAAAGGGGGAUAGUCAAGUUAAGAAAAGUUUCUACUCGAGAAGAAGUAGAAGUUUCUAGAGACUGUUUAUCUGAAGAAUUGAGGAAGAGACUACAGAUAACUGAUAUGAUGGUGGAAGAAAACACCAAGUUGGAAGAAAUGAGAGCUCUUUUGAAGGACUGUCGAAUUGCUCCCAGUGAAUUUUCUGGUAAUACCCCCAAAGGAACGAUAGAUUUUUCUCAAGAACAAAUGGCGCUUAGAAAAUACGUUCUAAGGACUAUUUCUUCCCAUCUCAAAAAGCAUGGUGCAGAAACAAUCAGUACUCCUGUUUUUGAGUUAAAGGAGGUUCUUAAAGACAAAUAUGGUCCAAAUUAUGAAAUUAUUUACGAUUUGAAGGAUCAAGGUGGAGAAAAAUUAUCUCUUCGAUAUGAUUUGACUGUACCAUUUGCUAGAUAUUUAGCAAUGAAUAAGAAAAUGAGUAUGAUAUGUUGCCAAAUUGCGAAGGUUUAUAGGAGAGAUAAACCUUCCAUAGAAAAAGGAGUUUUUAGGGAAUUUUAUCAGGCUGAUUUCGACAUUGCUGGCUCCUAUGAUUCAAUGAUACCUGAGUCCCAUUGUAUCUGGAUUAUGUAUGAUAUACUCAAUUCAUUCAAAAUCCCAGAUUUCGUCAUAAAAAUAAACCACCGUGCUCUCCUGGAUGCUGUUUUACUGAUGUGCGGAGUUCCAGCUGAUCAACUGAAAAAUAUUUGUUCCACUUUGGAAAAACUCGACAAGUUACCUUGGCCCAAGAUUAAGGAGGAAAUUGUGGAAAAAGGAAUACCAGAAGAUGUAGCCCACGAAAUGGGUAAAUACGUUACUCAAUACGGUGGUAGGAAUUUAGUGAGCCAUCUUCUGCAAAAUGAGGAAUUGGUAAAAAAUAAGGCCGCUUCAGAAGCACUCAAAGAUAUUGAACUUCUACUAGAAUAUUGUGAUUUAUUUGGAACCUCACAUGUAAUGUGUUUUGAUCUUGGAUUCACCAGGGGACUGGAUUACUACACAGGCAUCGUAUUUGAAGCGGUGUUCAUUGGAGAAGAUUAUAAUGUAAAAGAUGAAAAUUCAGUUGGCUCAUUGGCGGGAGGUGGUAGAUAUGAUAAUUUAGUUGGUACAUUUGACUCCAAAAGUAAGAGUGUACCUUGUGUUGGAUUUUCAAUUGGAGUAGACAGAAUUUUCUCUGUUCUCGAAAAUGAACUUGCGGCAUCCAAGAAGAACAUUUUUAUAUCAACAGUAGAAGCAAAUUUAGAUGGGGAAGCAAAGACGCUAUACAACGAAUUAGUUGAUCAGGGUUUCAAGGUUGAUCAUUUCCAACACAGUGAGAAGACAGACAUUUCCUCUGGUAUUAUAUUGUGUGUAUCAGAAAUACAGAAAGGUGUAGUUAAAUUGAAAGAAGUUUCCACCGGCGUAGAAAUAGAACUCUCUAGGGACCGUGUUAUUGAAGAGUUAAGAAACAGAGUACCAAACUCCUCAUGAGAUUAACAUGAUUUUCUUCAUUUCAUCAAAAUGUACCAUUGCACCAUUUAUUUCAUUGAUACUUCACAGUUCCUUCAAUAUGUAUAAGAAAUAAAAGAAUAAAUAUUCUAAUUUGUAUUUAUAAUUA